ACCUGCCGCGAUGCGGGGUCAGCCGCCCGCGCCCCCGGGCCCCGCGCUGCCCCUGGCCUUGGCCUUGGCUCUGUGGGCCGGCGCCGCCUCCGCGGCCUCCUUCUUUGGGGAGAACCACCUGCAGGUGCCGGUGACCACAGCUCUGAGCAACAUAGACCUCCGGCUACAAUUCUCCACGUCCCAGCCCGAAGCCCUGCUCCUCCUGGCAGCAGGCCAGGCUGACCACCUCCUCCUGCAGCUCCACUCCGGAUACCUGCAGGUCAGACUCACCCUGGGCCAGGAGGAGCUGAGGCUGCAGACCCCAGCUGAGACUCCGCUGAGCGACUCCGCCGUCCACUCCGUGGAGCUGACUGUGUCAGACAGCGAGGCCUCGUUGUCCGUCGAUGGGCUGCUGAACGCCUCAGCCCCCGUCCUGGGAGCUCCCCUGGAGGUCCCCUAUGGGAUCUUCCUGGGGGGCACUGGGAGCCUGAGCCUGUCCUACCUGAUGGGAGCCAGCCGGCCCCUGAGGGGCUGCCUGCACGCCGCCACCGUCAACGGCCGCAACCUCCUCCGACCGCUGACCCCUGACGUGCACGAGGGCUGCGCUGAAGAGUUUUCUGCUGAUGACAGCGUGGCUCUGGGCUUCUCUGGGCCCCACUCGCUGGCUGCCUUCCCUGCCUGGAACACUCGGGAGGAGGGCACCCUGGCGUUCAUACUCACCACUCGGAGCCGACAGGCGCCCCUGGCUUUCCAGGCGGGCGGCCGGCACGGGGAUUUCAUCUACGUGGACAUAUUUGAGGGCCACCUGCGGGCUGUGGUGGAGAAGGGCCAGGGCACCGUGUUGCUCCACAACAGCGUGCCCGUGGCUGACGGGCUACCCCAUGAGGUCAGUGUCCACGUGGAUGCUCACCAGCUGGAAAUCUCCGUGGACCAGUACCCCACACGGACUUCCAACCGUGGGAUCCUCAGCUACCUGGAACCCCGCGGCAGUCUCCUCCUGGGGGGGCUGGACACAGAGGCCUCCCGCCACCUCCAGGAACACCGCCUGGGCCUGGCCUCGGGGGCCGUCAACGUCUCCCUCCUGGGCUGCAUGGAGGAUCUCAGCAUCAACGGCCAGAGGCAGGGGCUCCGGGAAGCCUCGCUGACUCGCAGCAUGGUGGCCGGCUGCAGCCUGGAGGAAGACGAGUACGAGGAGGACACCUACGGCACCUAUGAAGCUCUCUCCACCCUGGCACCGGAGGCCUGGUCCGCCGUGGAGCUGCCCGAGCCCUGCGUGCCCGAACCGGGGCUGCCUCCCGUCUUUGCCAACUUCACCCAACUGCUGACUGUCAGCCCGCUGGUGGUGGCCGAGGGGGGCACAGCCUGGCUUGAGUGGCGGCACCUGCAGCCCACGCUGGACCUGAGCGAGGCCGAGCUGCGUAAAUCCCAGGUGCUGUUCAGCGUGAGCCGUGGGGCCCGCCACGGGGAGCUCGAGCUGGACGUCCCGGGAGCCCAGGCACGGAAAAUGUUCACCCUCCUGGACGUGGUGAACCGCAAGGCCCGCUUCGUCCACGAUGGCUCGGAGGAGACCUCCGACCAGCUGAUGCUGGAGGUGUCCGUGACCGCCAGGGGCCCUGUGCCCUCCUGCCUCCGGAGGGGCCAGACUUACAUCCUGCCCAUCCAGAUAAACCCGGUCAACGACCCACCCCAAAUCAUCUUCCCCCACGGCAGCCUCAUGGUGAUCCUGGAACACACACAGAAGCCCCUGGGGCCCGAGGUCUUCCAGGCCUACGACCCAGACUCUGCCUGCGAGGGCCUCACCUUCCAGCUCCUUGGCACCGCCCCGGGCCUGCCGGUGGAGCGCCAGGAGCAGCCCGGGGAGCCAGCCACCGAAUUCUCCUGCCGGGAGCUGGAGGCGGGCGGCCUGGUCUACGUGCACCGGAGCGGGCCCGCCCAGGACCUGACGUUCCGCGUCAGCGACGGGCUGCAGGCCAGCGCUCCGGCCACGCUGCAGGUGGUGGCGGUCCGGCCCAGCAUCCGGGUCCGCCACAACACGGGGCUGCGCCUGGCCCAGGGCUCCGCCGCCCCGGUGCUGCCCGCCAAUCUGUCGGUGGAGACCAACGCGGUGGGGCAGGAUGUGAGCGUGCUGUUCCGGGUCGCCGCGGCCCUGCGGUUCGGGGAGCUGCAGAAGCAGGGCGCGGGGGGCGCCGAGGGCGCGGAGUGGCGCCCGGUGCAGGCCUUCCAGCAGCGGGACGUGGAGCAGGGCCGCGUGAGGUACCUGAGCACCGACCCGCAGCACCGCACGGAGGACGCCGUGGAGCGCGUGGCCCUGGAGGUUCAGGUGGGCCAGGAGACCCUGAGCAAUCUGUCCUUCCUGGUGACGAUCCAGAGAGCCACCGUGCGGCUGCUGCGGCUCGAGCCCCUGCGCACCCACACCACGCGGCAGGAGGCGCUCACCGGCGCGCACCUGGAGGCCGCUCUGGAGGAGGGGGCGGGCCCCAGCCCCACCACCUUCCACUACGAGCUGGUUCAGGCCCCCAGGAAGGGUAACCUCAGGCUGCAGGGCGCCCGGCUGUCCGAGGGGCAGGGCUUCACCCAGGAUGACCUGCAGGCCGGCCGGGUGACCUACGGGGCCACGGCGCGCACCUCGGAGACCGUGGAGGACGCCUUCCGUUUCCGCGUCACGGCUCCGCCACAUUUCUCCCCGCUCUACACCUUCCCCAUCCACAUCGGGGGUGACCCCGACGCCCCCGUCCUCACCAACGUCCUCCUCUCCGUGCCCGAGGGAGGCGAGGGCGUCCUCUCCGCGGAACACCUGUUCGUCAAGAGCCUCAACAGCGCCAGCUACCUCUAUGAGGUCAUGGAGCGGCCCCGCCACGGGCGGCUGGUCUGGAGGGGGGCACAGGACGAGGCCACCGCGGUGACGUCCUUCACCAACGAGGACCUGCUGCAGGGCCGGCUGGUCUACCAGCAUGACAACUCCGAGACCACGGAAGACGACAUCCCCUUCGUGGCAACCCGCCAGAGUGAGGGCAGCGGCGGCCUGGCCUGGGAGGAGGUCCGGGGCGUCUUCCGCGUGGCCAUCCAGCCCGUGAACGACCACGCUCCCGUGCAGACCGUCAGCCGCGUCUUCCACGUGGCCCGGGGCGGGCGGCGGCUGCUGACGACCGACGACGUGGCCUUCAGUGACGCCGACUCCGGCUUCGCCGACGCGCAGCUGGUGCUGACCCGCAAGGACCUUCUCUUCGGCAGCAUCGUGGCCGCGGACGAGCCCACGCGGCCCAUCUACCGCUUCUCCCAGGAGGACCUCCGGAAGAGGCGCGUCCUGUUCGUGCACUCCGGGGCCGACCGCGGCUGGAUCCAGCUGCAGGUGUCCGACGGGCGGCACCAGGCCACCGCGCUGCUUGAAGUGCAGGCAUCCGAGCCCUAUCUCCGCGUGGCCAAUGGCUCCAGCCUCGUGGUCCCUCAGGGGGGCCAGGGCACCAUCGACACAGCCGUGCUCCGCCUGGACACCAACCUAGACAUCCGCAGCGGGGAUGAGGUCCGCUACCGUGUCACAGCCGGCCCGCACUGGGGGCAGCUGCUCCGGGCCGGCCAGCCGGCCACAGCCUUCUCCCAACAGGACCUGCUGGACGGGGCCGUCCUCUACAGCCACAACGGCAGCCUGAGCCCGCAGGACACCCUGGCCUUCUCCGUGGAGGCAGGGCCUGUGCUCACGGAUGCCACCCUGCAGGUGACCAUUGCCUUGGAGGGGCCAUUGGCCCCACUGCAUCUGGUCCAGAACAAGAAGAUCUACGUCUUCCAGGGGGAGGCAGCUGAGAUCAGAAAGGAUCAGCUGGAGGCAGCGCAGGAGGCAGUGCCGCCCGCCCAAAUUGUGUUCUCGGUGAAGACCCCGCCGCGGGCCGGCUACCUGGUGAUGCUGUCCCGCGGCGCCUCCGUGGCCGGGCCGCCCAGCUGGGACCCCGUGCAGAGCUUCUCCCAGGAGGCGGUGGACGCCGGCAGGGUCCUGUACCUCCACUCCCGCCCCGAGGCCUGGAGUGACUCCUUCUCCCUAGACGUGGGCUCAGGCCUGGGUGCGCCCCUCGAGGGCGUCCGCGUGGAGCUGGAGGUGCUGCCCGCCACCAUCCCACUGGAGGCACAGAACUUCAGCGUCCCCGAGGGCGGCAGCCGCGUGCUGGCCCCCCCGCUGCUCCAGGUCGCCGGGCCCUACUUCCCUGCACUGCCCGGCCUCGAACUGCGGGUCCUCGAGCAGCCCCUGCACGGGGCCCUGCGGAGAGAGGAGGCCCCUCAAGCGGGGACCCUCAGCGCUUUCUCCUGGAAAGAGGUAGAACAGCAGCAGAUCCGCUAUGUGCACGACGGGAGUGAGACGCUGACAGACAGCUUCACCCUAGUGGCUAACGCCUCCGAGCUGGACCGCCAGAGCCACCCUGUGGCCUUCACCAUCACCGUCCUGCCCGUCAAUGACCAACCGCCCAUCCUCACCGCAAACACAGGCCUAACGAUGUGGGAGGGGGCCACCGUGCCCUUCCCUCCGGAGGCCCUGAGGGGUGCGGACAGCGACUCGGGCCCGGAGGACCUGGUCUACACCAUCGAGCGGCCCAGCAACGGGCAGGUGGUGCUGCGGGCGGCGCCAGGCACCGAGGUGCACAGCUUCACGCAGGCCCAGCUGGACGACGGGCUCGUGCUGUUCUCACACAGAGGAGCCCUGGACGGAGGCUUCCGCUUCAGCCUGUCCGACGGCGAGCACGCUUCCCCCGGACACUUCUUCCGCGUGACGGCCCAGAAGCAGCUGCUCCUCUCCCUGGAGGGCAGCCGGACGCUGACCGUGUGCCCAGGGUCGGUCCAGCCGCUCAGCAGCCAGAGCCUGAGAGCCAGCUCCAGUGCCGGCACCGAUCCGCAGCACCUGCUCUACCGGGUGGUGCAGGGCCCCCGGCUGGGCCGCCUGCUCCGCGCCCAGCAGGGCGGCACCGGGGAGGUCCUGGUGAACUUCACGCAAGCCGAGGUAUACGCGGGGGAUGUUGUGUAUGAGCACAAGAUGCCUGCUGAGCCCUUCUGGGAGGUCCACGACGCCCUGGAGCUCCGGCUGUCCUCGCCCCCCGCCCCCGACGUGGCCGCCACCCUGGAGGUGGCCGUGUCCUUCGAGGCCGCCUGCCCGCAGCGCCCCAGCCGCCUCUGGAGGAACGAGGGUCUCUGGGUGGCCGAGGGCCAGCAGGCGGACAUCACCAGCGCCGCCCUGGACGCCUCCAACCUGCUGGCGCGCGUCCCCGCCGCGCUGCGCGCCCGGCACGACGUGCUGUUCCAGGUGACGCGGUUCCCGGCGCGGGGCCGGCUGCUGCUGGCGGGGCGGGCGCUGCACGCGGGCCGGGCGCACUUCCUGCAGUCGGAGCUGGCGGCGGGGCUCCUGGCCUACGCGCACGGCGGCGGGGGCGCGCAGCCCGACGGCUUCGGCUUCCGCGCGCAGCUGCAGGGCCCCGCGGGCGCCGGGCCGGCGCGCUCCCCGCGCUCCCCCGCGCUCCCCGACGAGGCCUUCGCCGUGCGCGUGGGGGCCGCGGCGUCCGAGCCGCUGCGCCUGCCCCGCGGCUCCCGCGCGCCCGUGUCCCGCGCGCAGCUCCGCGUGCAGCUCCCGGGCGCCGCGCCCGCCGACGUGCAGUACGAGGUGCGGCGCGCGGCCCCCGGCGGCUUCCUGAGCCUCGCGGGCGCGGGCGCGGGCCCGGUGCGCCGCUUCUCGCAGGCCGACGUGGACGCGGGCCGCCUGGCCUUCGUGGCCAACGGCAGCAGCGUGGCGGGCGUGCUGCAGCUGAGCGCGUGGGCCGGCGCCAGCCCGCGCGUGCCCGUGGCGCUGGCCGUGGACGUGCUGCCCGCCGCCAUCGAGGUGCAGCUGCGCGCGCCCCUGGAGGUGCCCCAGGCGCUGGGGCGCUGCGCGCUCGGGCCGCGGCAGCUGCGCGUCGUGUCGGACCGCGCCGAGCCCGAGGCCGCCUACCGCGUGACCCGGGCGCCGCGCUUCGGGCAGCUCCUGGUGGCGGGCAGGCCGGCCGGCGCCUUCAGCCAGCGGCAGGUGGACCGCGGCGACGUGGAGUUCGCCUUCACCGACCUGUCCUCCCCGCGCGACCGCUUCGCCGUCCUGGCCCACGCGCGGGGCGCCAACGCCACGGCCACGGUGGACGUCACGGUCGCGGCGCUGCUGCGGGUCGGGCCCCGGGGGCCGUGGCCGCAGGGCGCCACCCUGCGCCUGGACCCGGCCGUCCUGGACGCCGCCGAGCUGGCCAACCGCACGGGCGGGGAGCCGCGCUUCCGCCUGCUGGCCGGGCCCCGGCUGGGCCGCCUGGUGCGCGUGGCCCGCGCGGGGCCGGAGCCCGUGGAGCAGUUCACGCAGCGGGACCUGGAGGGCGGGAGGCUGGGGCUGCAGCUGGGCCGCGCCCCCGGCCCCACGGGCGACAGCCUCACGCUGGAGCUGUGGGCGCCCGGCGUCCCCCCGGCCGUGCUCUCCCUGGACUUCCACACCGAGCCCUACGACGCGGCGCGCCCCUACGGCGUGGCCCUGCUCAGCCUCCCCGAGGAAGCCGGGGCACCCGACAGCGGCGCCCCGGCCACGGGCCAGCCGGGCGCGCCAGGCCCCAGCCCCGGGCCCACCGCGGCCAGCGGCGGCUUCCUGGGCCUCCUGGAGGCCAACAUGUUCAGCAUCAUCAUCCCCGUGUGCCUGGUCCUCCUGCUCCUGGCCCUGCUCCUGCCGCUGCUCUUCUACCUGCGCAAGCGGAACAAGACGGGCAAGCACGACGUCCAGGUGCUGACCGCCAAGCCCCGCAACGGCCUGGCCGGCGACACCGAGACCUUCCGCAAGGUGGAGCCGGGCCACGCCAUCCCGCUCACGGCCGUGCCCGGCCAGGGGCCCCCGCCCGGCGGCCAGCCCGACCCAGAGCUGCUGCAGUACUGUCGGACACCCAACCCCGCCCUCAAAAACGGCCAGUACUGGGUGUGAGGCCUGGCCCCGGGCCCAGAUGCGGAUCAGGCCAGGGACAGGCUUGCUCGGGCCCCGGCCCCGUCGCUCCCGGGCCCCCCGGGGCCGCUGAGCAUCCCCCAGAGCCGGAGACACCCGGGGACGUCCGGGGCGGGCGGCGCCGCGAGGCAGUCCCAGGGGCCCGGCACCAGGCAGCGGCAAGAGCCGGGGUCUCCCCAGCCUUCUCCACGCCUGGAGAAUUGCGAGGGGGCCGAGGUCAGGGCCUGGAGUCCGUCCCCCUGCCCGGGAGCCGGGUUGAGCUGUCAAAACCAGGGUGACCUCCUAGAUAUGUCAGGACUCUGGAUCCUGGGCCUGUGAUCUUCGGUAAGUCACAGCUGACCUGGGCUGCCGAGAGGGCAAGGAGAGGACGGGGCGGGGGGGGGGGGGGGGGGGGACAGACGGGGACUCCCGGCUUUCCCACGCCAGACCAGGCCUCCCUUUGUUUCUGCCCCAGAGUUGACGGGAAAACUUUUUCCCCUGGUUUUUUAGGGAGACGGUAUUCCCUGGAGCAGAGGGCAGGAGGAGGGAGCCCCUCCCCUCUCUAGGAGACAUAAGCCAGUAGAAUAAUAUAUUCAGGGUGCAAAACGGGGUGGGUUGCUCUGGGGCUGGGUUUAUUUAAGGGGGACUGCCGGGAAGCUAUUUAACACAAUGUCGAGCUAGCCCAGACCCAUGGAGCCCCUGACAGUGUGGGAUGGAGGAAGGUCUGAGGCCGCUUCAUACCCAGAGCCCCACCUUGACAGGCUGAGGGCUCGGGAGGCCCCGUGGGUCUGCGGCCAUACUGGGGCCAGGCCAGGGGCCACUGCAAUGCCUGCGCUCCCCCGAGGACGGGGUGCGAGCAGUUGGGCGCACUCAACUCCAUGAGGCUUGGAUAAAUGGUGCUGUGGAGGUUCUGGACAGCUGUGUGUUGUUUGUCUGACCAUGCACUGGGCCCUUCCUUGCCCACACCGGCCUGCACUCCCCUGGGGCAGGCCAUCCCCCCGGGCCUCUGCCGGCAGGCUGCACAGGGCCACGGGAGCCCCCAAUUUCCACCUCCGGGGGCCUUUCAAAUCCCCUCUGCCCCCACCUGUGUAGGAAGGUGGGCCGGUCUUUAUGGGACGGGACUAAAGCCCUUCGGUUUAGUGGAGAGAAGCUAGGCCCCCUCUGAGAAGCUCAAAGAAACCGUGAAAUCAGGAGAUGUAUUCCGUGUCCCGGGCACAGAUUUCUUGGCCCGAGUUUUGGCCUCCACAGCCUCGACCCUUUCCACCUACCUCUCAAGAGAUUGGAGCAGCAAAUGUCAGGAGACUGAGGGGGACGAAGGGAUCCCACGGCUGGGACCUGGUGUGUGGGGGAGGCUGCGGGGACCGCCACAGGUGCCUUCCCUUGGCUCCCCGGACGUGUUCACAAGGAAGAUUUCUAUUGCUCUCCACCCCCACAAGACCGAGGGUGCUCCUUCUCCAAGGUAGGGUAAGCAGCAAGGACUCUGAAAACCCCACUGUCCCGAGAGGCCAUCAUCUGGCUAGAGAUGGGUUUGAGAUACAGGGUCCCCAGAUGACCCUCUACGAGCUGCUAAAGAGCCACCACCUCCUGCCCCUCUUCCUUCGAGGGUUGUGGGCAAGAAGGACAGAUUCUGGAUCCCAGAUGAUCCCGCCCCAGCAGGAAGCUGAAGUCCUCAGGGGAAAAGCACGGGAGGUGUCUGAGCUCUGGGGUCGGGAGCCCAGGGCCUGAGCACAGUCAGAUUGGGGGUGGAGAGCCCCAGCCAGCCCCUGACAGCUGACCGGUGCCUCUAUCUGUAACAUCUGAACCAGGAACCAGGGCAAGAGAGGAAAUUCCCUCUACCCCCUGUGCUGCCCCUAGCGUGCCCUGCCAGGAAGCUUCCCAGCACCCCCUUCACAUCUCGGCAUCCCCCGAGGCCCUCCUCUGCUCACAGGAUUUGGGCAGGUCACACAUCGCGGUAUAUAUCACUGCUCAGAGGGCCCCCGGAGGACCAAGGGCAGGCCGAGAAUCAGAGCGGGUCAGGUGUCGUCCAGCCACGCCGCGGGGCAGUCCUUAGAACAGACCAGACCUCAGGGCCCAGCCGACUCUUCUUGCCACACCGAAGAGCCGGCCCCCAGAGACCGCGGCCAGGGGUCCCCGUAGAUGGGGCGGCUUGAAAUCCUGGCCUGGCUGCCUGCUACAGCCUAGGCUCCCCGGCACCCCUGGGGCCAGCCUCAUGCAGGGGGCCCUGCCAAGGACGUCUCCGUACCACACCCCAUGUGCUCCUGGAGCUUGGGGCCGUUGGGGCCGGAUCCUAGGGCCCCAGUAUCUGGCACCAGUCUCCACCAGGGCGACUAGUUUCCCCGGGAGUGUAAGCAGAGACCCGGGUGACAGACCCGCCAGGCAGGAUCUGGCCUCAUCUCCGGUUUCCACCCCCCCCGCCCCCCCCCCCCCCGGGACUGACGACACCCUCUCUGUUGGCCCAGCGCAGCCACCCCCUCCCAAGGGAGCUGGCACAGGCUGACACUGCUCCGGCUCCCUGCGGCCGUGCUGGACGGGGCUGGCACGUAGGGCGCCGUGCACGCGGCUCCGCGAGGACCGGGGACGGGGUCUUUCACCGGAACAGCGGCCUUGGAUCCCACUCCAAACGUGGGGCUCAAUUUCCGUAAAUCCCUCGCAGGCUUCAGAUGCGCUUCCAGGGCCUAACGGGAUUGCUAUCCGCUCUGCCAAAUAACCGCUGCCCCUCACUCUAAGAAGCCGUCUCCUCCCAGGCACGGAGAGAGGAGCCCAACCUGUGCACAGUGUUUAGGGAUGUCUGGGAGCCGCUGACCCUCUUACACACACACACACACACACACACACACUGCACUUCUGCACGGCUGGGUACCUUUAGACCUUCAGACAUAAACGCCCGCCUAUGCCAUUCGUACACGCACACGUAUGCAGGUACACACAAACUUCGGACACAAGUACUCCUCACUCGUGGCCCGCAGUCCGCAGAGCUGGCCGCGUGGAGCCGAAGGCUAGGUGGGAGUCCUUGACCAUCCGGAGACCCAGCCCGACCUCAGCAGAGCCAAGAAGUGGAACUACAGCAGGAGGGGUGCUAGUGGAGGGGAGCGGGGGAACAGGGUAGGGAGGGCCCAGGUCUUGGAAGUCCUGCCCACCACCCUAAACACUUGAGCCUCUUAGAUGCUAACGAAGGGGCUCCCUGUGAGCCCCCCUCCUCGUACUAGGAGCUGGCCCUUUAAGUGGAGUUGCUAUGGCAGCUGUGAAACCCACGGAGCCAGAACCAUCCGCCUCCAAUAGGAAGCCAGAGAACUGGAUCUCUCCCCCGCCCCUGCUCCACCUCUCCCGACUGGGGGGGAAGUGCCAGGGCACUGGCAUCUUCCUCUGGGCCCUGCAGAUUCAGGUCCCUAAAGGAGUGGAGGCACCGGGGCAGCCCCCAGACUUCUCUGGGCAGGUCCUGCUCCUUGCCAGAACACGGGAGGAAGCCUUGGAUGGAGCCAGGAUGGGAACCUGACCUGCUGGACCCCUGUCCCCACAGCCCCCUCCUAGCCGAGUCUCUCCUGGUCAGCGCCAUCCCUGUACAGUUACUGCUAGGAUUAGGCGGGCAUUGGCGAGGGGAUCCUAUGCCCAAAGAUGCUGGGGGAGAUGCACCCCCAACCCACCGAGUCCACCCAGACGCGCCCGUGGGUAACGAGCACCCCGUGGUGUGUGCCCUAACCCAGGCAUGCCAGCUGGCCGCUGAGAGAGGCCCGGAGUGGGAAGGCAGCUGGCUCUGAGAGUGCUGGGUCUUCUCGCUGUGGGGCAGCCACGCGGCUGCUGAUGCUGAGCAUGCCCCCUCCCUCCUGGCCAGCGCCUGUGCGUCCCGAGGUACAGUGUCUAACUCAUUAAGGACGCCAGCUCCGCAGGGGCACCCGGGUGGCUCAGUCAGGUAAGCAUCCAACUCUGGAUUUCGGCUCAGGUCAUGAUGUCAGGGUGUGAGAUCAAGCCCCAAGUCAGGCUCCACACCGAGCACGGAGCCCGGGGUUAAGAUUCUCUCCCUCUCCCUCUGCUCUUCCGCCUCCACACAUGCUCCCUCUCUCUCUAAAAAAAAAGCAAGCCACAGCCUCAGAGGGCCAGCAGGAUAAGUGUGGGUUGUGCUGCGCUCCGUCACAAUGCAGAGGUCGCAGGACCCCCUAAAGACAAAAGUAACUCUUGGUUAAAUCAACCAGUGGCCAACAAGGGACUUUCCUACCCAAACACAGCCUCAGCGGGGGGCUUGAGGGGCUCCCAUGCCCUCCAACCUGGGCACUCCCAGCUCUGUUAGCCCAAAGCCUAGAGCUAAUACCAAGGCCUCGUGAGGUCACAGAGGGCUCAAGCGACCCAGUCUCUGGGUCCUGAAGGCCCAAACUAGAUGGGUUGUCAAAGGCUUUGUUGCUCAAAGUGCAGUCCAUGGACCAGGAGCAUCACGGGAACUUUUAGAAAUAAGAACUCCUGGGACACCCGGCUGGCUAGUCGGAUGGGCAUGCGACUCGAUCGCAGGGUUGUGAGUUCGAGCCCCACCUUAAGUGGAGAGAUUACUUAAAAAUAAAAUCCUUAAAAAAAAAAAAAGAAAGAAAGAAAGGAAAUGAAAUGAGGUCUCUCAGGCCUCACGCCAGAUCUGCUGAAUCAGACUCUGCAUUUUAACAAACAGUAGAGUUUAAGACACAUGGACUUAAGUCCUCCCCCUUGACCUCUAAUUGAAGAAACGGAGCUGCGAGAGGCAGGGACCGGGCCAAGAUCAUAGUAAGUCAGUGACAGAGCUACAAGGAGGUCAGACCCGGUGAUCCAGGGCCAGAGCUCUGUCUGCCAGUGCGAGCUGUCCGUCCUUCUUCCCCACACUCUUCUGAGGUCCCUAUAGCCCCUGCAGAUUUGGGGGAUAGGGUUCUGCUGUGGGGGUUCCUGCUCUAGGGGCCUCCACUGAGGGCAAGAGGGAAGCAGAGGACGAGGCUGGUAGCCAGGUCUGAUCCAGUGGGGAGGGUCUGCAGAAGAAGCCCGCUCCCUUCCUUACCUCCCAAAGACCAGUUCCUUGGAGAGGGCGGGAGCCCCCUACCACCCUGCCUUCUGCAGUGCAGUUGGUCCCUCCCUCCCCACCUGUCCGGGCUGUACCUGCAGGGGGGGGCCAGAGGAGGGGUGCAGCCAAGGUUCCCAGUAAGUGCAGCGGGUGCCCCCCACAGUAGAGCAGCAGCAGCCAGCAGAGGAGGGGGAAAGGAGCUGCCUGUCAGGCCACUGCCCAGGCCUGGCCAACAAGGAGGGGAGGGGCUUCCGAGAGCACCCUGUCCUGUCCUGUCCUGUCCUGUCCUGCAGAGGGGUGGGAAGGAAGAGAGGCUGGACCACCGACUGUCCCUUCUGGCCCCCAGAACAAAUGCUGCCUCCCCCAGCCCUGGUGCCGUGAGUGCCUUGGCGGCCCCUAACCGCCCUCCCCUCCCAGGUGGCCGAGUCCCCAGCAAUACCCAUAGUUCAAUGCUCUGUGCCCAUCAGGGCAUUGUCCAGCCAGACCCAGGGCUACGUACAUAGCAGAUGUCCAGUAAACAUCUCUUGCCAGAAUACAGCCCCUCCCUUCCCGCAGUCUAAGGGGUCUCUAACCAUCAAUCCCCCCAGACCCCGUAUCCUGGCUUCCCUCAUCCCCAGGGGUGCUAGCACGGCUCCCAACUGCUGCUCUGGCCCCCAGACCCCUUCCAGGGCUCUGGUAGGCCUGACCCCAAGUCCUAAGUUUCUAAGGAGCAGUCUGUCCCUGCCAGGCUCUUCAGCACUCACCCCUCUCUUCCUCUGUACUCACCUGUGAUGCUCUCCUGCCAGAUACCUGGGGCCUAGCUGCUCAGAAGCACCUGGACAGAACAUUGUGACCACACUGUAUGUGGGAGCCCACCCCCUAUGGGAUCACACUGAUUCCAUGGGACAGGAGGAGGAGACAACCCAGACCCCCUUACACUCAGGCUUCCCCGGCCGACAGCUCCUCCUCAGAGCCUCCAGGAGCCCCAGGCCACUGUGCCAGCUGCUCUAACUACCGGAGGCCUCACCUGAUGCCAACCUUCAGGGGCAGCAGCAGAGCUGAGCCCCAGGUGCUCCACCUUUACCUGACCCAGAGGACCCUGCAUUCAAUCAGAGGUCUGGGUGCCAUCCUUAGAGGAGUGAAGGGGACCUUCACAGUCACACAGCAGACCUCCUGGAAGCUCAAAACCCUUCUGGAUGCCCAAGAUGCAUCUUUCGGCACUGAGAUUCCAGCCCCUAGAGAGGCAUCAGGGCAAGUGUGUGAGAUCCAGGGAUGCCAGACAGGCUGGCCGGGGCACAGACCUCCCAAGAACCAGAGAGCAGCAGGGAGAACCCUGUUGGGUCUUGUUGGAGAAGGUGGAGCAUUUUCUACAGGACUGUUGAGCAAGCAGGCAGGGGGUGAGGCUGCUGGAGCCGAGCACUCCUGGAAGGCUGUGAGUCAGGGCGAAGGCCUCCUCCUGAGUCAGCCCUGCUAAAGGGUUGCCCUGUGGGCGCGGCUCCUGGACUAGGCAACUGGGGUGGGGCCUGUGGACCCCGGAAGGUUCCAGGCCCCCGGACUUCAGCCCCUCUGCCCCAUGAGCUGCCCUGAGAACCUCAGUCUGGGGAUAAAACCCAUAAACUAAAGGAGGGAGGGCACCAAUGGUGAUUGCGUCUGCCCGAGGAGCUUGGACAAGUCCACCCCCCUGUGGAUGGGACGUGCGACCCUGGAAAGCACAGAGCCAGGCCUGGGAGAGCUGCUUUCUGCCCCCAGCCCCGCCUCCUGUCGUCACUGGUGCCCUGAAUGGUACGAGAUUGGUCAGCGUCCCCCCACCCCCACCGCCCCGCACCUGAAUCAGACCCCGUGGAAGCAGUGCGACCGACCGAGGCUGCUUUCCAAAGGGUCAGUGUUGUGGCAAAGCUCUUAGAACAGCACCAGGCACAUAGUAAAUGCUCAAUAAAUGCUGACUAUUAUUAUCAGCACUGCUAUAAUGGUGGUUAUUAUUGAAUUGCCCGGCAUAUUAUAGAAGCUUAAUAAAUGUUCAAAUUGA